AGUGUGUAAUAACUUCUGGAAAAGACAUAUUAUUUGGGUUUUCUUACUCGUUGCAAUAAUAAGAUUCGGCUCUAGGCGCCGCUCUUCACCAAUCAGGGAAUGGGAAGCUGCAAGCGGCAGUCCCUCCCUCCCCCAUCUCUACAACACAAAGCCGAAUAAUAGGGAUACUCACAGAUCCUGAUGCUGGAAACUUAAAGUAGUUCGCUCUCGGAUAUAUUUUGGAUGCAGUCAUUCCGGAACUUCGUAGAUACAUAAGCUGAUUCAGAACAAAACAGUUCGAGAAAUCAGGGAAUAUAGGCUCAGCUUACUGCUAUGGGGAAUCGGCUACUGCGCCUGGACCGCAGCGGGCUGGUCCUCCUGUACAUUUUCCUGAGGACGCUACAGGAAUCUGGGGCAGGGCACAUCCGAUACUCGGUGCCCGAAGAGACAGACAAAGGCUUCUUCGUGGGCAAUAUUUCCAAGGACCUGGGGCUGGAACCUUGGGAGCUGGCGGAACGCGGAGUCCGCAUCAUCUCCAGAGAUAGGAUGCAGCUUUUCGCUCUGAAUCCGCGAAGUGGCAGCUUGAUCACUGCAGGUAGGUUAGACCGGGAAGAGCUCUGUGAGACACUGUCUUCCUGUUUUUUAAAUAUAGAGAUACUUGUGGAAGAUACCCUGAAGAUUUACGGAGUGGAGGUGGAAAUAAUGGAUGUUAAUGAUAACGCCCCCAGCUUCCAGGAGGCGGAAAUAGAGAUAAAAGUCAGUGAGCACGCACCUCCGGGAUCCAGAUUUCCCCUUCCUAGCGCUAGGGACCCAGAUGUAGGAAUGAACUCCCUCCAGAGCUACCGGCUCAAUCCUAAUAGUUACUUUUCCUUACAAAUGCGAGACGGAACGGGUGGGGCCAAGAAUCCCGAACUAGUGCUGGAGGGGAGUCUGGACCGAGAGAAAGAGGCUGCUCACCGGCUGCUCCUCACAGCCUUCGAUGGAGGAGAUCCCAUCCAACAGGGUGCUGUUGCCAUUCGUGUGGUGGUCCUCGAUGUAAAUGACCAUGUACCAAAGUUUACACAGUCUGUAUAUCGAGUGAGUAUUCCUGAGAAUCUCAGCUCUGGAACUCGGGUGCUCAUGGUAAAUGCAACUGAUCCAGAUGAGGGAAUCAAUGGGGAAGUGGGGUAUUCAUUCCAGAAUAUGGAAAGCAAAACUUCUGAAAUAUUCCAGUUGGAUUCUCAAACUGGAGAAGUCUUAAUACGAGGGUCUCUGGAUUUUGAGAAAUAUAGAUUCUAUGAGAUAGAAAUUCAAGGUCAAGAUGGUGGAGGUCUCUCCACCACUGCUAAGAUGUUGAUCACAGUUGUGGAUGUCAAUGAUAAUGCUCCAGAAAUAACUAUCACAUCUUCUACUAAUUCAGUUCUGGAAAGCUCUCCUCCAGGUACAGUUAUUGCUCUUCUAAAUGUGCAAGAUCAAGACUCUGGGGAAAAUGGUCAAGUCUCAUGUUUCGUUCCUAACAGUCUACCUUUUAAGUUGGAAAAAACUUACGGAAAUUAUUACAAGUUGAUAACAACCAGAAUGCUAGACAGGGAGCAGGUCCACAGCUAUAAUAUAACCUUGAUAGCCACAGAUCAGGGAUUUCCACCCUUGUCUACAGAAACUCACAUUUCACUAAACGUAGCAGAUGACAAUGAUAAUCCUCCGACUUUUGCUGACUCAUCUUACUCCGUCUACAUACCUGAAAACAAUGCCAGAGGAGCCUCCUUCUUCUCAGUGAUGGCGAUUGAUAUGGACAGCAGUGAGAACUCCCAGGUCACUUAUUCCUUGGUGGAAGAUACCCUCCAGGGAGAACCUGUAUCCUCCUACAUCUCCAUCAACUCAGACACUGGCACCCUGUACGCACUGCGCUCCUUUGACUAUGAACAGUUCCGUGACCUGCAACUGUGGGUGACAGCGCAGGACAGCGGGAAGCCGCCACUCAGCAGCAAUGUGUCUGUCAGCAUAUUUGUGCUGGACCAGAAUGACAACACACCAGAGAUACUGUACCCCACCAUCCCCACCGAUGGUUCCACCGGUGUGGAGUUGGCGCCCCGCUCCGCAGAGCCCGGCUACCUGGUCACCAAGGUGGUGGCGGUGGACAGAGACUCAGGCCAGAACGCCUGGCUGUCCUACCGCCUGCUCAAGGCGAGCGAGCCAGGGCUCUUCGCGGUGGGGCUGCACACGGGCGAGGUGCGCACGGCGCGGGCCCUGCUGGACAGAGACGCGCUCAAGCAGAGCCUGGUGGUGGCGGUGCAGGACCACGGCCAGCCCCCUCUCUCGGCCACCGUCACGCUCACCGUGGCCGUGGCCGACAACAUCCCGGACGUCCUGGCGGACCUGGGCAGCAUCAGGACCCCCGCCGACCCGGACGAUUCGGACCUCACGCUGUAUCUGGUGGUGGCGGUGGCGGCAGUCUCGUGCGUCUUCCUGGCCUUUGUCAUCGUGCUGCUGGCGCUCAGGCUGAGGCGCUGGCACGCGUCGCGUCUGCUCCAGGCUUCCGGAGGCGGGCUGGUGGGCGUGCCGGCCUCGCACUUUGUGGGCGUGGACGGGGUGCGGGCUUUCCUGCAGACCUAUUCCCACGAGGUCUCCCUGACCGCGGACUCGCGGGAGAGUCACGUGAUCUUCCCCCAGCCCAACUACGCGGACACGCUCAUCAGCCAGGAGAGCUGUGGGAAAAGCGAGCCACUCUUGAUAGCUGAAGAUUCAGCUGCUGGUUUAGGCAAUCUUGACUCCACGAAUAAUCAGGUGAGAUUUAUUACCUGAGUUGCUAGUAUCUCCGCACAAGUCUUUUAAAUGGAUUUUUCAAAACAAAACAACAUAAAAAAACCAAAACCAAAACCAAAACCAACCCUGUUUUGAGUGUGGGGGGAGGGGACAUAUUCAGUUCAUACAUAUUUAGAGCAAUACAUGUGAGUUCCUGUACUUUAUCUUUCAACAAAUUACCAUCAUUUUUCAGAAAGUUUUUUCCUCCCCUGUGGUAUAUUCUCUUUUGAUUCUAAAGGUCUAGUUCAACUAUCAUGGCUUGCUUUAUAAUAAGUUAAAUUUUAGUCAUAUUUUUCUAUCAUCAGUGUCUGUGGCUAUCAAUGUAAACUGGUUAGGAUUCAAAUUAAUGAUUCACAGUUUUUAUUUAUUUCCCUAUUAUGACUUCACAUUGCCUUCCCUAAUUCAUAAUUAUAUUCUACCAUUAUUUGCUUUACUUCUAAUGUUCAAAUUUGGCCCUCUUCAUUCAGUGGGAUACACUCUGUAGCUCUUUUCCUUAUCUAUACACACAUAUACACACACUUACAUGUAGGUGUUUACAGAUGUAAGCUCUUCUCUGAGCAUGAAAGAAUUCUAUUUUGAUCUUUGAUGGGUGGUGAUAUGUUUAAAUUAUGUUGAUUAUUUCAACUUUCUUUUAUUUAUACUACCAAAACAGAUAUAUUGACUACCUUUUUACUACUAGAUUCUCUUGGGAGAGAAAAUGUACACUUUUUUCCCCUCAAGUUCUAGACAUCUUUUCUGUUUCUACAGUGCAGUCAUUUGAUUGUUCUGAGUAGUUGAAUUGUUGAACUGGUAUUAUUUCCUUUUAUUCUUUUACUGGUACUUUAGUGUGUGUUCAUGAUUCUUUAAUGUGGUAAAUUCACUUGCAGAAAUAAUUUUGAUCCAGUGCUUCUCAAAAAGCUAUUUACAAAUUGGCUAAACAUGCUUACAUUUUUGAGAUUUACUGAUGUGGACCAGCUUGUAAAUAUAAGAGAUGCAGUAGUUAUUUGGACCUUAUGAGACUGAUUUAGCUGGUAUUCCUAUUUGGUAUUUCCUUUUUUUGUUCUGUUUUCAAUAUGCCUGUGAGUCAUGGAUUCCUUUUUUAUUUCCUUUGAAAAUUCAUUUUGUAUUAUAUGUAAGUAUAUUCAAUCCUUAUAUUCAGAACCAACUUGUAAUUGAAGCCCUGUAGUUACCUAAUGACCUACAUGUUAUCUGAAACAAUGUCGAGGAAAGUCAAGUGAGGAAAGGAAAUUUUUGAGGAUAUUUGAUCACAGGAAUCAUCACAAUCAAUUCAGCUUAGCACUCUUCAUACCGCUUUGAAACGUUUGACCCAGAUUAUUUACAUGUUCAGGUUCCCUUUCAAGUUUUCCUUUCUCAUUUAGGGAUUGACCUUAAUAUAUUUAACUAUAAUUGAGUGUCUAAAGUUUGGGUAAAAAGAAUUUCAACUGUAGGAAAGGGAAAUCCUGCAACAGAUGCCUAAAUUUGUCCCAACGUCAAGAAAAAUGUCAGAGUGCCUUAAGCAUGUAGGGAUAAAUUUUAUGCCUAUGGAAUUCCAAACAGAAAAAAAAAAAAGACUUAAGGCAUUUUACUUGAAUUGAAAUUAGAUGAAUAAAAAGGAUAUGAGGUAUUUGUGGGGAGAAGGAGGUUGUUCCAUAUAUAUAUUUUUUAAAACACUGAACAGUUAGGAGCUGGCAACCAAAGUCUUGGAGAACAAAAAGGAAAGGUUAGCUUUGAAACUUGAGAUUAAGACAGUUAUUUUGACUCAGAGGUAGUGAUAAAGUUCUGUUAUGGUACAACAUGUGGUCCAGUUAAAGAGAAGGAUAAGGGCGCCUGGGUGGCUCAGUCGUUGAGCGUCUGCCUUCGGCUCAGGUCAUGAUCCCGGGGUCCCACAUCGGGCUCCCCGCUCUGCGGGAAGCCUGCUUCUCCCUCUCCCACUCCCCCUGCUUGUGUUCCUGCUCUCGCUAUGUCUCUCUCUGUCAAAUAAAUAAAUAAAAUCUUAAAAAAAAAAAAGAGAGAAGGAUAAAAAUAGAACACCUCACAUUUUUGCAUGUCAUUAAAUUCCUAUGGUAACCUACUAGGGUAUGCUUUUAUAUUCUGUUUAUGGUGAAGGUUUACAAUAGUUGAUAAUCCCUUUCAUAAAUCUAUUUUAGAAGUAGCAAGGAAGGCUAUAUGUCAUUGGUCAUCCUUAUCCUGAUUAUGCCUUUGAGCUGUCCUCCAGUU